GCAUCAUGGGCGCUCCGAGUCCCACGACUCCCGCGGGACAGUGAGCCCAACCGCAGGCCGCCCGAGCGCGGGAAGAUGGCGGACGCGGCCCUGGGCCGGGAUAAGUGCGGGGAGCAGCGGCUCGUGUCGCUGCCGCUGUCCCGCAUCCGGGUCAUCAUGAAGAGCUCCCCCGAGGUGUCCAGCAUCAACCAGGAGGCCCUGGUGCUCACGGCCAAGGCCACGGAGCUCUUUGUUCAGUACCUAGCCAGCCACUCCUACAGACAUGGCAGUGGGAAAGAAAAGAAAGCGCUGACUUACAGCGAUUUGGCCAACACCGCGGAGGAAGCGGAAACUUUUCAGUUUCUUGCAGACAUCCUGCCGAAGAAGAUGUUAGCCAGUAAGUACCUGAAGAUGCUGAGAGAGAAGCGGGAAGAGGACGAGAACGAGGACGGAAGCAGCCACGAGGAAGCCGAGUCCUGAGCCCGGAAACGCCGGAGCCGCGGGCUCCGCGCCCGCCACGCCCCAGCCACCGCGCGCCCCGCCUCGCGGGCGGCCUCCAGGCCCCGGAGCGCCCAGUGCGCCCCGAUAUCUAGAAGCAACUGGAAACCGGUUUUGCUAACUAUGCGAUGCGUGGUUUAUACAGAGAAUGUUACCUUUGCGUUUUUGUAUCUGCAUCUCCUCUAUUAAACACCUAUGUGUAUUUUGCUAGUAAAACGCUUUGUGUAGUAAUUCUACGCCCUUGUUCUAAUGCCAGACCUGAAUUUUUUUAAAUUAAAAAUAAAAUUUUUUUUUGGCCAGUCCUGGGCCUUGGACUCAGGGCCUGAGCUGAGCACUGUCCCUGGCUUCUUUUUGCUCCAGGCUAGCACUCUGCCACCUGAGCCACA